AUGGAGUGUUCAUUUGUUAGAGUUCCAAUUGAUUGGAGAAGAUUUGAUGUAAUGAAUGAAACAAAUCAUGUGAAGAGUGAAUCACCAACUACUCUGGAUUGGAUAUGUGUUCAUGUAAAGAGGUUGAAAUCUCUCAGUUCAGAAAAGAAGGGCCAAUUGUGGAUUCAUAAUACUCCUCUAUUUGAAUUUCACAAAACUGUAUCUGUGGAGGUUGAGGAAUUAUUCUUGAAGGAAUCAAUUAGAUAUAAAGAUUAUGAUAUUUACUUUCCAGAUAUUAGAGGAUUAGGUAAAUCAACUCCAAAAUUUGUUUGUGAAUUUGAGGAACAAUCAGGACAUGUCUUCAUUUCAGAGAAGGAUAUUGAUGCAUGUCUAGCCACAAAUACUAAGAAUGAAAAGAUAAUUAGUGAAAAAUAUGGAGAAUAUUUUCACACAUAUCAAAUUGUUAGAGACAUUUUUCACAUGAUUGAAAUGACUAGAGUAGAGAAUGGUGGAGAAAGUUAUCGAAUAAUUCAUUAUGGAUAUGGUUUUAAUACAUUUCUCAUUGGUAGAAUGAUACAGUUAGAGAAGGAAUUGAAAUUAUCCUUCUUGAACAAGUCAUCCAAGAGCUAUUUGGAUAUGGUUAUAGUUGAUUCAGUUUUUUCAAUGAAUGUUUCAACAAUUGACAUGUUCAAUUUUGAUAAGAGAUUUAAUGAAAUUGCUCUUUCAUUCCUAGAGGAAUGUGAUAAGGAUAAAUAUUGCACUGAAAAAUUGGAUUUACUACACAAAAUUAAGGGAAAAGUAUCAUUGAGAACAUUGUUGAAUGGAAUCUAUUUGAUUCAUUUGAAAAGAUGUUAUAUUGCGAAUUCUUAUUUUUUCAGGGAUAUUUUAACUUACUUUUACUAUGAGGAUGAUUUGAGACAUUUAUUGAUACCGCUAAUAUUCAGGAUUUCAAGAUGUAAUGAAUUGGAUAAGAAUGUUAUUCAGGACUUUUUUUAUCACAUUAACCAUACUAUGAUCACUACUGAGAAUUCACAUACGAAAUUGCAGACCUAUUCAGCUUUUGAGAGAGUAAUUGGAUCUUUCGAGUUAAUGGAUCAUUCAUUCAAAUUUUAUAAGGAAGAGGAAACCGGAGCUCUUGAUUUGGCUGAAUAUCCGUUCUAUUCUGGACUCUCACUUAAUAUGAUGAAGACUUAUAGUUUGUUUUUUCAUUCACCCCAUUCAACAAAUCAUACUAAUAAUACUCAUAGUCAUUUCACAGAUUUUUCAAAACCAAUGUUAAUGUUACAUGGCUCAUUGGAUCCCAUUAGUUCAAUCAAUAAUCUUAUCGAUUGGAAGGAUUUCUACUUGAAUGAAUCAAAGGCUAAUUUUGAAAACCAUCACGCUGUUACUUUUCCAUAUGUUAAUCAUAUUACUACUUUGAAAUCUUAUUGUAGCUUGGAGGUCAUGCAUACAUUUAUUCAAUCACUUGGAAGGGAGUAUUUCAAUGAAUGUCUAUUGGAAUCUACUGCAUCAGAUCAAAUUAGAAGUCAACUGUUCAACGAGUCAAACUGGAGUGAGCAAUUGAAAAAUACUACUCUCAUAUACUUUGGUACGAAGGAUGCUCUCGAUGGUGGACUUUCAAUAUCUGCUUCAAAUUAUUAUUUCCUGGUGGUUGGUAUGAGUGUUUCAGGAGUUUUGCUCAUUGAAUUAUUUGUUCUACUCAUCAUUUUGUUAGUCAUGUCUAUCAAGGAACUCAAGUAG